AUGGCAUGGGCACGGCAGUGUGGGCAUCAUCUGGAGCGGGAAUCAUCUGGAGCGGGAAUCAUCUGGAGCGGGAAUCAUCUGGAGCGGGAAUCAUCUGGUGCGGGCAUCAUCUGGUGCGGGCAUCAUCUGGUGCGGGCAUCAUCUGGUGCGGGCAUCAUCUGGUGCGGGCAUCAUCUGGUGCGGGCAUCAUCUGGUGCGGGCAUCAUCUGGUGCGGGCAUCAUCUGGUGCGGGCAUCAUCUGGUGCGGGCAUCAUCUGGUGCGGGCAUCAUCUGGUGCGAGCAUCAUCUGGUGCGGGCAUCAUCUGGUGCGGGCAUCAUCUGGUGCGGGCAUCAUCUGGUGCGAGCAUCAUCUGGUGCGGGCAUCAUCUGGUGCGGGCAUCAUCUGGUGCGGGCAUCAUCUGGUGCGGGCAUCAUCUGGUGCGGGCAUCAUCUGGUGCGAGCAUCAUCUGGUGCGGGCAUCAUCUGGUGCGGGCAUCAUCUGGUGCGAGCAUCAUCUGGUGCGGGCAUCAUCUGGUGCGGGCAUCAUCUGGUGCGAGCAUCAUCUGGUGCGGGCAUCAUCUGGUGCGGGCAUCAUCUGGUGCGGGCAUCAUCUGGUGCGGGCAUCAUCUGGUGCGGGCAUCAUCUGGUGCGGGCAUCAUCUGGUGCGGGCAUCAUCUGGUGCGGGCAUCAUCUGGUGCGGGCAUCAUCUG